CAAUGUGUGACAAAACUUCCCAUCAACACACAAGCUCUGGACCUGGACACAUGAUGUACUAGCUUAAAACUUUAAGGAGAAUGAGACUACUGCUAUCCUGCCCCUAAGAAAACUGGAAUAACAUUUGAUGUCAACUCGGAAAUAACAAUAUGUUCAGGUUGGACUCAGAACAGCACAUUUAAAAGUGUGGCCACUUUUAAACCUGAUCAAUGUGAAACUUUACAUGGUGUGUUAAAAUACAACUGAGGCGUGUCUGAAAAUGAAGUUUGAUUUUAUACUGGAUUUUCCUUCACCAGCUAAGCACGGUCUGCAUUCCAUCAUCCUACUUUUUUACUGUGUUGUGUCCUGCAACUUUUUACCAGUAAGGAGUGAACCUGAACCAGUUGGUGGAUAUUGUAUAUCGUAUGGCCAGCGAGAGUGUCGGAACCUGUCUGAUCCCCUGUACAAGGGUAUCUUUAAACCCACUGCCACCACAGACAUCUGUCAAUUAUUUGCCACAUAUCACUCCUGCAUAAAUCGGAUAUUUUUGAACUGUCCACUUACUGAAGAAGAAAAGAAGUUCUAUGAUACAAGCUUUGUACAGUUCUUCAACAAAGAGUAUGCGUGUCAUAUCUCAACUACAGGACAAUUACACCAGAGUAACACAAAUGUCGGUCCAAUAACCAAAUCAAAUUCUGUGUUAAUGUGGAAACUGUGGUUCCUUGUUGGAUGUGUAUACUUUACAAGUCAUCAAUUAACAUCAUGAAUAUAUAGACGUAACAAUUGUGCUAGCUAUAUACUGUGAUACAAUGUAAAUUCUUAAUAUCUUGUUUAACAUUUCUUUUGAUACAAAAUGUGAGAGUGAUAAAGUCUCACUAUCAACGUCAAAUGAUGUGCAAUAUAUACGUCAGUAUAGACAAUGACUGCUAAUGUGAAUAAAACAGUUGAUCAAGUAAA